UUUAAUUAUUUUACAAUACGUAAACCACUUGAAAACUCCAAAAAGUGACACUAAUCGACGCUACGUUCUGUAUGCUGAAAAUCCCAGUUGUUAAAUUUCUCAACAUAACCUCACAAAUGACAAUGUAACCGGUUUUUCCCCCAUUUCCGGACACGAUGAAGCCACGAAUCACCCUUUACGACUAUUUACACAAACACUGGCUUCUUGUGGGUAUUCUAACUUGUAUUUUUUUCGCCGGGAUUUACCCCGAAUUGGGGUCGAAAAACGGCCCCCUACAUACCGAAUAUUCGGUAAAAUACGGGGCUGUCACUGUGAUUUUCCUAAUAAGUGGGAUUUCUCUCAAAACUGAGAGUAUUUACGAGACAUUCCAGCAACACAAAUUGCAUUUAUUUAUUCAAGGUUUCACUUUUGUUUUUAUUCCAAUUUUUACACAAAUUUUUGUUAAAAUAUUGAAUUAUUUUGGGGUGAACCCGUGGGUGUUACGAGGACUUGUCACUGUAGCCUGCAUGCCCCCCCCUGUCUCAAGCGCUGUGAUUCUGACUCGAGCCGCCGAUGGUAACGAAACUGCGGCUAUUUUUAAUUCAGUCCUUGGAAGUUUCCUAGGGGUUGUAUUCACACCCAUACUGUUAUUAAUUAACUUGGGCUUCACGACACUUGUGCCCCUUUUGGCCACAAUAAUCCAACUGACAACCACCGUCCUCAUCCCCCUGUUUUUAGGCCAAAUCAUUCGGAAUUUCACCGGAUUCCGGGGGCACACUCUACCCCUCAACACAAUUGGCCAAUGCGCCCUCUUGUUCGUGAUUUACACGACUUUUUGCGACACUUUUGAGACCCCCGAACACCACUUGAGCGCCACCGACGUCCUCGCCAGUGUUUUCUCGGUUUUGUUAAUGCAAAUUAUUUUAUUGGGGCUCAGCCAUGCGAUAGCCCAAUGUUUCCAGAAACAUUUCACCAUUCAAGACGUUAUCACAAUUAUUUUUUGCUCCACACACAAGUCGCUCACUUUAGGAAUCCCGAUUCUACGAAUUUUGUUCCACGGAUACUCCCAUUUGAGUCAAAUCAGUCUCCCAUUGCUGGUUUAUCACCCAACGCAGAUUAUUCUAGGGGGGCUCAUUGUCACACAGCUGAAGGAUUGGGUGCAGCUCCAUAGAAGCAAGCGGCCCCCGGUUUGAAACCACCACGAGUCUACUAUUUAUCUAUUUAUAAUUUAUUUAUUGUUACAAAACAAAUAAACGACUAAUUUUA